UCCUGUUAACCUCAGUACUUUGUGUUUAGUGUUAUGUUUAUAUAGAAACAUUUGGGUAUGUUUGUGUACAUAAAUAGAUGAAUCUGUAGUUUCGCUUUAUUUCUCUUUGUAGCACCGGAUGUUUGGAAUACAAAAAUAACUGACCGUACCAUGCAGAUUUGCUAGUGUGGCUUUAGACUCUACAUUUUGGGACAUUUUAGAUCCAUAGUGUUUGUAUAAAAGGUUUAAUUAUCAGACGUCACACAUGGUUUGUCUGAAACCCUGGUUUAAGGUUUCUAUGGACAAAACCUCCGAGGCCUUCGGGUCCGACAGGCCGCAGUUCGAGAGCUUCCUGGCGGAGAUGGUGCGGUGGCUUUCGGACCGUCAGCAGCAGGUGGACGAGCUGUUCAGCCACAGCGACACAGACAGAAGUGGAUCAGUCAACCUGAAGGAUUUCGAGCUGGGUCUGAUGAACCUGGGCGUCCCCUGUCAGCAGUUUCAGCUCCACGCGCUGACUCAGCAGCUGCAGAACGCCAACGACACCAUCAGUUAUCAAGACCUGAGCCGACAAAUACAGAGACUGAGCGACGGCACAGAGACCAACACUCAGAUAUCAGAGGACAGAUGUUCUCCACAUCAGCCACUGAACCCUGAAAAGGACAGGUUCGUCCGUCUGAGCGUCAGACUGAUCCCCUUCGACUCCGCCGCAGCCCAUCCAGGGAACUUCGAGGUGGUUUUGUCGAGCAGCAGCAGAGUUUUCAGUCUGAUGAGAAUAAUCCGGGACCGGGUCGGGAUCCAGACCUCCAGGCUGGAGGUUUUCCGGAGCAGAGUGCCCACAGAGGAGGCCCGACUGCCCCCGGAGAGCUCGCUGGAGGAGUGUGGCUUUAAAGGAGGGCCAGAGGGAAGUCCUCUAGAGGACACUGUGUACUACGACUACACGCUGCUGUUUACAGACUGUCCGCUCCUCAACUGUGACCAUUACUUCAGGUCAACUGAAGACUCUGCUGCCAGGAGGAGGAGCCCCCGUCCAUAAACAUGUUAGCAUUGUGGUAGCAUUGUGGUUCAGACUGAAAUAUCUCACAUGGAUUUUCAUUUUUAGGAUGAAACUGUAAUAACUUUAGUUUUAACUUCCAUUCUGGCGCCAUCAUGUGGUUACAGUUUUAAUUUGGUCAAACACAUUUGGUUUAUGACCAAAUUCGCUGCUAAACUAAUUAAAUUCCCAUCAGCCUCAGGUGUAUACAUUAGCAUGCUGAAACACUUAACUAAGAUAAUGAACAUGGUAAAGAAUUAUAUCUGCUUAGCAUCAGCAAGGUGAUAGCAUUAGCAUCAGCUUUACUUUAUGCUUUGUGUUGAAAUUGAAGAUGAGAAUGUGGUAAACAUUAGUAUCAACUGUAGUUGUUGAGUUUAGUGUUUUUUUAGUAACUCCAGCUAUCAGAUACAUGUAGUUGAGUAAAUGUAGUAAAGCAGAAGUAUAAAGUAGCAUAAAUAAA